UGGCGGAGCCCUGGCCGCCUCAGAUGGAUUCGCUUCUUCAGAGUCCCGUUGCGGGGGCAGGGGGGCCGAGACGACAGCCUUAUCGCGGGCCCGACGAGGGGGAUGAUGUCCCCGUCCUCACACUCACUCACUUUGCCCGCACUCCAUUCGUCUGCUUCAAGACGGUGAGGACAGGUCACGCCAAGACCGAGCGGUUGGCCGUGGAAAAUCCCGAGAGUGUACCAGUCCUGGUGACGGUGGACAAGUUUCCCAGCUCCAAGGGGUUUGCAGUGAAUGAACGGGAGUUUGUGAUCGAGCCAGCAGGAAGGUAUUAUCUUUCCAUAACCUGGGUGCCAGUGGAAGCUGGAAGAGUCCGAGAAACAGUGACGUUUAGCGUUGGUUGUGUGAAGGUCCUCUGCAUUCUUUUGGGCAAGGCAGAAGACCCACCCAAAAAAAAGCGAAGCCUAUGGGAAUCAAUUAAAGGCAAGAAGGUUUCGGAAAAUACUGUUUGCUUGAAACAAAAGAGGAAUGUAUCAAUUGGCAGCAAGACGAUCAUCAUACCGCAGAAGAAGGAGUUUAAGAAAAUGGGUCGAAGUCGCCCUUUAAGUCCUCUUCAGCCUUGCGAAAAUCUCAGACCAGUUGGCCAAAGAGUUCCUCACCUUCAUCCCGUGGAUGCUUUGGACUAUGCUAGCUUUGAUAUGAAGCACAUAUCACCAAUAUUACCUACCGGUCAAAUAAGAGAGCUUGAAAAUUGUACUCCACAAUCACUUAAAAAAUUUGGUUCCUUCUCUUUCCAUCAAGGUAAAGGAAUGCCAUUACAUAAAGAUGGGAGACUAGAAUAUGAGGAAAAGACUGAUGAAUUGUGUACAUCUGAAGUUUUGAAGACUGGACUGAAUAAAACACCACUAAGUUUUCUUUGUGCUUCUGCUCCUCAAACUCCUGUUCACAAACGGCAGAUUUUAAGCCCCGAUUCUUUUGUAAAUGACAGUUAUGUCCCUGAUGAAGAUGCUGAAUCAGUUGUUGAGUCAGCUGUGCUAUCACCAGAUCAAUUUCUGAAAGAUGCAAAGAUGUCCAUGAAUCAGCCUUGCCCUAUGUCUGUUGAAGCUUCCUCUAUUGAAAAUUUGAAAUUUGGAAGUUCUUUGUCGACAGAAAGUAGCCCAAGGUUUAUGUCAGAGCAUGGAUCACCUGUUAUUAAUGUGGAAGAAUUGAAGCCAGCAAAGUCAAGAUUAACCUUUUUUGUAUUUUCUAAAACGACUGAUCUUGCAGAGAAUUCACAGGCUUGUGGACAAGAACAUCAAUCCACUGCUCAUAUUAAGAUGCUUCCAGUCUUCACUACCACGGACAACAAGAAUACAUCUGUAGGUUACCGCAGAUUAGAGAGCAAAGUUAAACUUUCAAACUAUCAGUCUGUUGAAGUCAACUCUUGUUUCCGGUCAAGGUCUAUUAUUGAUGUAGAGACGAAAGCUGAAAACAGAAGUCCUAAAGUUGCUAACAGGUCAAGCCUACCAAGCAGAAAGAGAAAAAGUUCAGAAUAUUUGUCAAACAAUGCAUGUGAAAAAGGUGUUCAUACCAAUAAAAGAAAGUCUAAGUGUGUUGAACAACUGAGUCCAAAGUUAAAUGUGGUGAAGAAGACCACUUCAAGAAGCUUGAAUGGAGGUGGAAAACGACUCCAGAAAAGAAAAUCUGUUUCUCAACUCAAGAUUUCCUCUGUCCGAGUGAACAAUGGUAAACUUAUGCCUGGAGUUGCACAGUCACAGUUAACUUUUAGGAAAUUGAUGAAGACUGUUAUUCCAAGACAUCCAUUACCAUUUGCUGCAAAAAAUAUGUUUUAUGAUGAACGAUGGAAGGAGAAGCAGGAAAGAGGAUUCACGUGGUGGUUAAAUUUUAUUCUUACUCCUGAUGACUUUACAGUGAACACAGAGUCUUCCAGAGUGAAUACUGCUACAUUGUUUAUUGGUUCUGAGAUUCAGCAUCACAAAAUUAGUGUUUCUUCUGCACCAACUAAAGAAGAAAUGUCAUUGAGAGCAUAUACUGCAAAAUGUCAACUCAAUCGCCUCCGCCGUGCAGCCUGCAGGUUAUUUACAUCUGAAAGCAUGGUCAAAGUUAUACAGAAACUGGAAGCAGCCAUUGAAGCAAAACAUCUCCUUGUACGGAAAGACCGAUGCCUCUGGAAAGACUUUGGACAUCGACAGAAGAUCCUCAAAUGGCUUUUGUCAUAUAAUCCUCUAUGGCUACGAAUUGGAUUAGAGUGUGUUUUUGGUGAGAUGAUUCCAUUGGAAAGCAACAGCGAUGUUAAUGGAUUAGCCAGAUUCAUUUUAAAUCGUUUGCUUUGGAAUUCUGACAUAGCUGCAGUGUAUAGACAUCCAACAGUACCACAUUUGUAUGCUGAUGAGCACCAGGAAGUUUUGGCACAGUUCACACUGAAGAAAUUCCUACUUCUGGUUUGGUUUCUUGAUUGUGCCAAACAAUCCAGAAUGAUAGAUCAUGAUCCAUGUCUUUUCUGUAAAGAUGCUGAAUUUAAGGCAAGCAAAGACCUUUUACUUGCCUUCUCAAGAGACUUUCUUAGUGGUGAAGGAGACAUUUGCCGUCAUCUUGGUUUCCUGGGGUUGACAGUCAGUCAUUGUCAGAUGCCCCUUCAUGAAUUUAAUUUUGCGGUCACCAAUCUCGCUGUAGAUCUUCGAUGUGGUAUUCGCUUGGUGCGAGCAGUUGAACUUCUUACUCAAGACUGGAAACUUUCAAAGCAGCUGAGGGUCCCAGCAAUUAGCCGUCUUCAAAAGCUGCAUAAUGUGGAUGUUGCACUGAAAGCCCUUAAAACUCGAGUUGAUUUGAAAGAUGAGCGGGGCAUUGAUAUAGAUCCCAGAGAUAUUGUGGAUGGACAUCGGGAAAAAACUUUGGCACUAUUGUGGAGAAUCAUCUUUGCCUUUCAGGUGGAGAUAUUGCUAAAUGAAGAUCAGUUGCGAGAAGAAAUUGAAUUUCUGAAAAAUAAUUUACACACAUCACACAAACUUGCAGCUCUGCGUUCCCUUUCUGUGCCACCCCACCCAGUGAAAGAUAAAGACCUUAACUGCUUGCCAGAAAAAUACAGUCCGCAAAUCACUCUGUUGAUGAAUUGGAUAAAUGCUGUAUGUGCAUAUUAUGGUGUAAAAGUUGAGAAUUUUACCGUCCCCUUUUCUGAUGGUAGAGUUUUAUGUUACCUUAUUCAUCAUUACCAUCCGAGCCUUUUGCCUGUGAAUAACAUUUGUCAACGAACCACACAGACAGUGGAAUAUGCACAGCAUGGCACAGUGGCAAUUGAUACAUCUACCAGUGAGUCUGAUGAAAAUUCCAUUGAUGCCAUACCUACAAACACGCUGCCUUCAACCGGUAUCUAUGAAGAACUCUUGGAGAAUGAAAAGAAGAAUUUUAAUUUAGUGACAACUGCUGUUGCAGAACUUGGAGGCAUCCCAGCAAUGAUACGGCUCAUGGAUAUGUCAAAUACCAUCCCAGAAGAGAAGGUUGUUAUCACUUAUGUCUCAUUUCUCUGUGCACGCCUUCUUGAUCUACGAAAAGAAGCAAGAGCUGCUAGAGUCAUACAGGCUGCUUGGAGACGAUACAAGCUAAACUGUGAGCUUCAACUUUUAAAGGAGAAAGAACAAGCUGCAAGUGUCCUUCAAACAGCAGUGCGUAAAUUUUUGCAUCGACAGCAGGUCAAGAAGAAAAACAAAGCUGCUAUUGUUAUACAAAGUACUUGGCGCGGCCAUGUGGCAAGGCAGAAGACUAAAGCACUGAUAAUGUUUAAGAUACAAGCAGUGCAGAAUGAGGCAGCAACACUUCUUCAGGCCUGCUGGAGAGGAUAUGUUGAUAGAAGGCAUUUUCAGAGACUUCGGCAAUAUUGCAUUCUCAUGCAAAGUCGCAUAAGGAUGAAGACCGCAGUCACAUCUUACAAUCGUGUUAAAUGGGCUACUGUUACCAUUCAGAGGCAUUUUAGAGCACAUCAGCUGUGUGUAUCUGAGCAAAGGAAUUACUUAAAAUUGAAGACUGCAGUUGAUAAAAUACAAUCUGGAUUUAGAAGGUGGCGAGCUCACAGAAUGGAAAAACGGGCAAAGGCAGCAAUUGUACUGCAGAAAUAUGUAAGGGGUUUUCUCUCCCGAGGCAAAUACAAAAGGUUUCAACGCUCUGUUCGUCUGAUACAAGCACAUGCAAAGGGAUUUCUCAUAAGAACUGAAAUGCGCAGGAGGAAAAAUGCUGCUGUCACCCUAAAGAAUUACAUAAAGGCUUAUGUGCGAGGAAAGCGUGAAUACGAUUCUUAUCAGAGGCUGAAAUGGGCUGCAGUAGUAAUUCAAAGAGCUUACCGUCACUUAAAAAUGCAAAAGCUUUGCCUUCUAACUAAGUCAGCUACUCUAAUCCAAUCAACUUUUAGGAUGUACAAGCAACGUACAAGAUUUGUUGCUAGCCGUAAAGCUGCUAUUACCAUGCAGUCUUUAGUAAGGAUGCAUCAGGCUCGUACAAGGUUUCUACAAUGCCAGCAUGCUGCGGUUAUCAUACAAAGGCACUUCAGGGCUAAACAGCAGGGGAGAAAUGACUUGAGGCACUACCUGAAACUUCGACAAGCAGCUCUAAAACUACAGGUGUCUUUUCGGAAAUGGCAAGCACAAAAAGUGGUCAGGAAAAAUCAAGCUGCAAUUACGAUACAGUCUUGGUAUCGAAUGCACAGAGGAAAACAAAAAUAUCUACGUGCAAAACAAAGUUGUAUUAGAAUACAAUCAUGGUAUAGAUGUUAUGUGGCUCAAAAUGCUUUUUGUUCUCAGAAACGUGCAGCAUUAGCUAUCCAAAAAUAUUAUAGAGCUUACAGGGAAAGUAAAGCUCAGCAUGGAAAAUAUAAAUUAAUGCUCAAGGCAGCUGUAAUUAUCCAGGCUUACUUUCGUGGCAUGAACAGUCGUCAGCUUGCCAGAAAAAUGAAAGCUGCACGAGUCAUUCAGUCAUAUUGGAAAAUGAGAAAAGAACGACUGAAGUUCUUGUAUUACAAGCAAUGUAUUAUUGUACUGCAAGCCCACGUGAGAAGAUCUUAUGCUCAAAAAAGAUACCAUUCAAUGAAGGUUGCAACUUAUACAUUACAGGCCCACUUUCGAGCUAUUUUAGCUCAAAAGAAAGCACAAGCCGAGUAUAGGGCAGUAAGAGCUGCAGCUAUUGUUUUACAGUCCGCCUACAGGCGGUUACAAAUGAGAAGACAAGCUUACUUAUUGCAGUCAGUUGUAAGGAUUCAGUCUGCCUUUCGUGCAUAUGUUUCACGAAAGAAAUACCUACAAAUACGAAGUGCAGCUGUCAAAAUUCAGGCCUCAGUAAAAAUGAUACAAGCACGGAAGUAUUACACAUCCCUUAAAAAAGCUGCAGUUUGUAUCCAGAGGCGUUACCGGGCUAACAGGCUUUGCUUAGAAAAGCGAAAAGAAUAUCUGAGAAAAAAGGAAGCUUGUAUAUAUCUUCAGUCUGCUAUUAGACAGCAUCUGGCUCAAAAGCAGCUGCGUUUGUGCCGACAAGCUGCAAUUAAAAUCCAAUCAAUGUUCAGAAUGUAUAGAGUAAGGAGUCAAUACCAGAGGAUUCGUUGUGCUGCCGUUGUAAUUCAGAGAGGAUUCCAUGUGUACCAGGAAGGAACUCGCCAAAGGCAGAACUUCCUUAAAACUAGAGAAGCAGUGAUCAGUUUGCAGGCAGCAUACAAAGGAUAUAGUGUACGCAGAAAGAUGAAGCUUCAACAUAGAGCAGCUAGUAAAAUCCAAGCAGCAUUUAGAGGACAUGCUUCACGGGUCAAAUAUUUGUCAAUGAAAAAUGCUGCCAUUGCAGUCCAGAAUUGGUACAGGAAUUGCAAAGCUGGGCAACAGCAGCGACUCAGGUACCUCAAUAUUAAGGCAUCAGUAGUUAUUCUUCAGGCUGCGUUCCGUGGAUUAUCUGCAAGGAAAAAAUUAGAGGCACAACAGAAUGCUGCGGUGACCAUUCAAACAGCUUUCCGGAGGUGCAGAGCACAGUACCGGUUUGGCGUAUUAAAAAGGGCUGUCGUAACUGUUCAAUGCCAUUUUAGGGCAAAGCUGUUGGGAAGGAAAGAACGUUGUGCAUAUCUGAGAAUACGCCGGUCAGCAAUAGCACUUCAAGCGGCUUAUAAAGGUAAGAUUGCAAGGAAAGAGCUUGGAAGGAAACGGAAAGCUUGUAUUGUAAUACAAUCUUAUCUUCGAAUGCACAAAACUUGUAUAGAAUUUCAAACUAAGAGACGAGCAGCAUUGAUAAUACAACAAUACUUCCGUGCUCACAUACAAAGGAAAUAUCAAUAUCAAAAUUAUCAAAAUAUGAGGGCUGCUGCAGUAGUUUUACAAGCUGCAUAUCGUGCUAUGAAAACCAGAAAAAGGCUGAAAGAAAUGCAUAAAGCUGCAACAAUUAUUCAAAGAUCAACUAAAUCUUUCCUGACUAAGAAGCAUUACACUGCCCUUAAAGCUGCUUCAGUUGUUGUACAAAGGCAGUUCAGAGCUUUUCUCCUAAGCAGAGAGCAGCGAGAAAUGUAUCUGUCUAUUCGUAGAGCAGCUAUAUCCAUACAAGCUGCCUACAGGGGAAUGAAAGUUCGGCGUGAGAUCCGGCAUAAACACAAGGCGGCGACCGUGAUACAGGCAGCGUUUAGAAUGCACAGGGAAUACCUUCCAUACAGAGCAAUGAGACUGGCAGCUACAAUAAUACAGAGUCACUAUAGAGCACACCUUCAAAGGAAAACUGAUCGCAAUAAUUACCUGAAAAUCCGCAGCAGCAUUUUACUGCUUCAGGCUGCUUACCGUGGAAUGAAUAUUCGAAGAUGUUUGUGGAACAUGAACAAGUCUGCUAGAAUUAUACAGUCGUAUUAUCGAAUGCAUAAACAGUACCAAUAUUUCCAAAAACUACGCCAGGCAGCCAUUGUUAUACAGCAAAGAUACCGAGCUUGUCAAAUAAGAGAUGCCCAAGUGAGACAAUACAAGGAGAUGAAAAGGGCAGCAGUUUGUCUUCAGGCUGCUUUUCGCAGAAUGAAAACAAGGCAGCAAAUGCGACGAGUUCACUUGGCGGCAACAAUUAUACAAAGAAGAUUCAGGAGCUAUGUUGCAAGGAAAAACUACCUGUUGCUUCAAGCUGCUGCUUCUGUUAUCCAGGUGAGGUACCGUGCACUUGUGCUUGCCAGGAAUAAAAAGCAAGCAUAUGUUUCAAUACGGAAGGCAACUAUAUCCAUUCAAGCUGCCUACAGGGGAAUGAAAGUUCGGCGAGAGAUCCAGCACAAACACAAGGCGGCGACCGUGAUACAGGCAGCGUUUAGAAUGCACAGGGAAUACCUUCCAUACCGAGCAAUGAGACUGGCAGCUACAAUAAUACAGAGUCACUAUAGGGCACACCUUCAAAGGAAAACUGAUCGCAAUAAUUACCUGAAAAUCCGCAACAGUGUUGUACUGCUUCAGGCUGCUUGCCGAGGAAUGAAUGUUCGUAGGUGUUUGAGGAACAUGAACAAGUCUGCCAGAAUUAUACAGUCAUAUUAUCGAAUGCAUAAACAGUACCAAUAUUUCCAAAAACUACGCCAGGCAGCCAUUGUUAUACAGCAAAGAUACCGAGCUUGUCAAAUAAGAGAUGCCCAAGUGAGACAAUACAAGGAGAUGAAAAGGGCAGCAGUUUGUCUUCAGGCUGCUUUUCGCAGAAUGAAAACAAGGCAGCAAAUGCGACGAGUUCACUUGGCGGCAACAAUUAUACAAAGAAGAUUCAGGAGCUAUGUUGCAAGGAAAAACUACUUGUUGCUUCGAGCUGCUGCUUCUGUUAUCCAGGUGAGGUACCGUGCACUUGUGCUUGCCAGGAAUAAAAAGCAAGCAUAUGUUUCAAUACAGAAGGCAACUAUAUCCAUUCAAGCUGCCUACAGGGGAAUGAAAGUUCGGCGAGAGAUCCAGCACAAACACAAGGCAGCGACCGUGAUACAGGCAGCAUUUAAAAUGCACAAGGUAUACCUUCCAUACCGAGCAAUGAGACUGGCAACUACAAUAAUACAGAGUCACUAUAGGGCACACCUUCAAAGGAAAACUGAUCGCAAUAAUUAUCUGAAAAUCCGCAACAGUGUUGUACUGCUUCAGGCUGCUUGCCGAGGAAUGAUUGUUCGAAGGCAUUUGCGGAAGACGCACAAGUCUGCAAGAACCAUACAGACGUAUUAUCGAAUGCACAAGCAGCACCAAUGCUUCAAGAAAUUGCAAUGGGCAACAACUGCUAUACAGAGGAGAUACCGAGCUUGUCAAAUAAGAGAUAUCCAUGUAAGACAAUACAAUACUUUGCGAAAAGCAGCCGUCUGUAUUCAGGCCUUCUACCGUGGGAAAAAAGCCCGAGAUUUAGUUAAAACAAUGAAGGCAGCUAUCUAUAUUAAAUCAUACCUACUAAUGUGUACUACCAGGAAACGCUUCUUGAUUCAGAAGAUAGCUGUAGUUACUCUUCAAGCUUCAUUCCGUGGUUAUCGAGCGAGGGUACGUUACAGAGCCAUGCGGCUAUCAACCAUUUUGAUCCAGAGAUGGUACAGAGCCUGCAAGCUAGGACGUUCACAGUUCAUGCAAUAUCAGUCCAUGCGUAAUGCUGCCAUUGUGAUUCAGGCUGCCUACAAAGGCAUGGUAGUGAGGCAGUGCAUUAAGCAGCAGUAUGCUGCCGUAAAAAUUCAGUCACUUUUCCGUAUGAUUCACUAUAGGAGACGCUUCCUCAAACUGAAGUGUGGAGCAAUUGUAUUGCAGUCGCACUACCGUGCCUGUGAAGCAAGGAAACAAUACAGAGCUUAUGUACAAGCAGCUGUUAUAUUACAAAGACAAUAUCGAUCCUACCUCCUAAUGAAGAAAGAGAGAAAUGCUUACUUAACAUUCCGUCAGACAGUAAUCAGACUUCAAGCCAGAAUUCGAGGGUUUAUUGUUCAAAGAAACUUUAAAAGACUUCAUCAGAGUAUCACUAAAAUUCAGGCUUGUUAUCGUGGAAAGAAACAAAGACAAGCAUUCCUACUCUACAAAGAAUCUGCACUUGUGAUACAACAACACUACAGAGCUUAUUGUCAAAGAAGGAUUGAACAAGAAAAGUACUUUAAAAUGAAACAUGCUGCUGUCACAAUACAGACUUCAUUCCGCCGAUACCAAGAAAGGCAAGUAAUCAGAAAAACAAAAGCUGCACAAAAAAUUCAGGCUUGGUUCAAGGGGCAAGUGGUACAUCGUCGGUAUAAAGCUUUCCUUGCUUCAGUUAUAUUCAUCCAGAGGCACGUCAGAGCAAAACAAGAUAGAUCCAGGUUUCUAAAGAUCCAGGUUGCCACAAUUGUUAUUCAGCGCAGAUGGAGAAUGGUUAUUGAAGCAAGGAAACUGGAGCAUACCAAUCGUAGAAGAGCCAUGGGAGCUAUCAAAAUCCAGGCCUUUUGGAAAGGAUUUAAAGUCAGGAAACAAAUGACCAGGAAACAUGAAGCAGCUUCUCGAAUUCAACUUGCAUUUAGAGCUUACACCCAAAGAGAGAAGUUCCUUCAGCAAAGGAGAGCUGCAGUGCUUAUACAGAGACAAUACCGGGCAUGGCAUCUCGCUAAAGUUGAACACCUGAAAUAUAAUAAAACUAGGAAGUCUGUAAUUCAUUUGCAAUCUCUUUGUCGUGGAUGGUUGGUUCGUAAAAAGCUUGCAGAGAAAAAACGGUCAGAAAGGAACCUUCGUUUUGCUGCUGCGGCCUAUCACAAUCUCUGUGCUGUUAAGAUUCAGAAAGCAUACAGGGGCUACUUGGCUCUUAAACAUGCAAAAGAGAAGAUCAAUUCAGUCAUUUAUAUCCAGAGAUGGUUCCGGACUUGCCUUCAACGCAGAAGAUAUCUUUAUGAACGUGGAAAGGUCAUUGCAGCACAACGAAUUGUGAAAGCCUGGUACAUGCGACGACACAAAGCUGCUGUUGUCAUUCAGGAGUCUGUAAGGAAGUUUCUUUAUAAAAUCCGGAGUAAGAAAAUUCACAAUGGAAUUAUCAAAAUACAGGCUUUGUGGAAAGGAUAUUGGUUGCGUAAGAAAAUCAGGAAUCCUCAAAUCAUUGCUGUCAGACACCGUAUACAACGGGCUAAUAAGAACAGCUACGAGGAUCAGAAAUUGUGCAACAGAACAGCUGUAGCUGUAGAUUACAUUCUUAAAUAUAAGCACUUCUCCUAUAUUCUUGCAGCAUUACAGCACUUAGAAGUUGCAACUAGGCUAUCUGCUAUUUGUUGUGAAAAUCUUGCUCAAAGUGGAGCAACACCUAUUAUUUUCACUUUGAUCAGAAGUUGUAACCGCAGUGUGCCUUGUAUGGAUGUCAUUAAAAGUGCAAUUCAAGUUCUCCUCAAUCUUUCUAAGUAUGAAAAGACAGCCUCAGUGGUUUAUGAAGUGGAGAAUUCCAUUGAUACCUUGCUUGAGCUAUUGUAUAUGUAUAGAGGGAAAGCUGGUGAUAAGACUUCUGACAAAUGUGGCAGCAUUUUUACAAAAGUUUGCUGUUUACUGGCAAUUCUCUCGCAAGACUCAAAGAAUGCUUUUGAGGUCCGUAGCUUGCCAAAAGCAGUGGAUCGAAUCAGAAAUGUUUAUAAACUGACAGCGAGGAAACAUAAAAUGGAUGCGGACCGAAUAAAUGUUAAACAACGGAUGCAAGCUCCUCUCAAUGGUAGUUUAUAUAUUCCAGCCACUCCAGUGCGAACAAGAGCAGUUUCUAAAUUAAAACCAGACUGGGUCUUGAGGAGAGACAACGUGAAAGAAGUUGUGGAUCCUUUAAAAGCAAUUCAGUUGGUCAUGGAUACGCUUGGAAUUUCUCUUUAAGAUCUUAAAUAGGGGAAAAAGUUGAUUUUAAUGCUAGAUAUAUUGAUAUAAAUGUAUGCAAAAAAACUUCAACUUUUCCAACUUAUACUGCUUGUAUAUUUGCCAAAGUUGGAGAAAUAUAGUUCGGUUGUGUAAGCAACCUUUGUAUGCAUGACACUCAUGGUGAAAUGUUAUUGUCCAUCUUCAGUCUGAAAACAAUGAGGAUGGAGUUAUUCCAAUAAAUUGUAAAUUAACAAAAUUUGUUAAUAGUUUUUGUACAGUUUGCAAUGCUUGCCUUUUAUUGUCUCAAAGAAAAUAAAUAUUGCAAUAUUAU